UCAGAGGAAGAAUGGGCGGUCAGUACAUCCUCCUCCAUUGAUGCUGGUGACAACGCCUCCAAUGUCAGCCAAUGCCCUACAGCCAGAGCAUGCAAUCUGCACAUAAGGAGGUGUAAGCACAGAGCGCACUACCACAACCGGCAGCAGCAUGCAGCACCAGGAGAACCAAAAAUGCCCAACACAGGGCUACCUGGAGGCUUUCAAACACUUCGCCACCGAGGCUAUUCACAUCGGGCAGGAACCUGAGCAAUGGAACUCUAUGGCGGUGGUGCCCCCCAUCUCCCUUUCCACCACCUUCAAGCAGCACAGUCCAGGAGAGCAUGCGGGUUAUGAGUACAGCCGCAGUGGGAACCCAACAAGGGACUGCCUGGAGAAAGCUGUCGCCGCCCUUGAUGGGGCCAAAUACUGUUUGGCUUAUGCGUCCGGCUUGGCUGCGACACUUAACGUGGCCCAUCUGCUGAAAGCUGGAGACCAGAUCAUCUGUACUAGUGAUGUGUACGGAGGUACAAACCGAUAUUUUAGGAGAGUUGCGGCAGAAAUGGGCCUGAAGAUAAUUUUUGUUGACUGCUCUGAUCUGAAUGCAUUGGAAGCUGCGAUCACCCCAGAUACCAAGCUUGUAUGGAUCGAAACCCCAACAAACCCAACCCUGACGGUUAUUGAUAUACAAGGCUGUGCCGAUAUCAUUCACAAGCAUCAAAAUGUCCUCCUGGCUGUUGAUAACACCUUUAUGUCGGCCUAUUUCCAGCGGCCAUUAUCCCUGGGAGCAGAUAUCUGCAUGUAUUCAGCAACCAAGUACAUGAACGGCCACAGUGACGUCGUCAUGGGAUUAGUUUCUGUAAACUGCGACAAACUGUAUGAAAGGUUAAAGUUCCUUCAGAACGCUCUUGGCGCCAUCCCUUCCCCAUUCGAUUGCUACCUCUGCAACCGAGGACUGAAGACCUUACAUCUCCGAAUGAGACAACAUUUCCAUAAUGGUCUGGCGGCGGCCAUGUUUCUGGAGAGGGAUCCUCGUGUUGACAAAGUUCUGUUUCCAGGGCUGCCAUCUCACCCACAGUACGAGCUCACCAAGCGCCAGUGCACUGGAGUGCCAGGGAUGAUCACAUUCUACAUUAAAGGCAACCUGGAGCAUGCAAAGAUCUUCCUCAAGAGCCUGAAGGUUUUCGCACUCGCUGAAAGUCUUGGAGGAUAUGAAAGUUUGGCCGAGCAUCCAGCGAUCAUGACUCACGCCUCAGUGCCAGAGGAGGACCGAGUGCUCCUGAACAUCAGCGACACCCUGAUUCGCCUCUCCAUAGGGUUGGAGGACACGGAAGACAUUAUAGAGGACCUGGACCAAGCAUUGCAUGUUGUGCACCCGGACCUCACAAACCCAACCAAGGUGGAAGAUUUGUUGCAGCAUCUGAAGUCCAAUUGCUGAAUCCUAACCUAUUUAACUUUCCUGACCUGAUUAUCCAGCAUUUUAAAAAUAUUACAGUGUGUGUGUAUAUAUAUGUAUAUAUAUAUAUAUAUAUAUAUAUAUACACAGAUACAUAACACUUAAUUUAUAUACAGAUACAAUCUACAUUAACAGAAGAAACACUUUGCAAAUACUGUAUGUAUAUCUAAUACUGAUCUGGGUUACAACCACCUAGCACUGUACAGUCCGUACUGUUUCUAAUAAAAAUCAGCAGAAUAGUGAGUACAGCUCUGGAGUAUAAUACAGGAUAUAACUCAGGAUCAGUACAGGAUAAGUAAUGUAAUGUAUGUACACAGUGACCUCACCAGCAGAAUAGUGAGUACAGCUCUGGGGUAUAAUACAGGAUAUAACUCAGGAUCAGUACAGGAUAAGUAAUGUAAUGUAUAUACACAGUGACCCCACCAGCAGAAUAGUGAGUACAGCUCUGGAGUACAAUACAGGAUAUAACUCAGGAUCAGUACAGGAUAAGUAAUGUAAUGUAUGUACACAGUGACCCCACCAGCAGAAUAGUGAGUACAGCUCUGGAGUAUAAUACAGGAUAUAACUCAGGAUCAGUACAGGAUAAGUAAUGUAUUGUAUGUACACAGUGGCCUCACCAGCAGAAUAGUGAGUACAGCUCUGAGGUAUAAUACAGGAUAUAACUCAGGAUCAGUGCAGGAUAUAAUGUAAUGUAUGUACACAGUGACCCCACCAGCAGAAUAGUGAGUACAGCUCUGGAGUAUAAUACAGGAUAUAACUCAGGAUCAGUACAGGAUAAGUAAUGUAUGUACACAGUGACCUCACCAGCAGAAUAGUGAGUACAGCUCUGGAGUAUAAUACAGGAUAUAACUCAGGAUCAGUACAGGAUAAGUAAUGUAAUGUAUGUACACAGUGACCUCACCAGCAGAAUAGUGAGUACAGCUCUGGAGUAUAAUACAGGAUAUAACUCAGGAUCAGUACAGGAUAAGUAAUGUAAUGUAUGUACACAGUGACCCCGAGUUAUAUCCUGUAUUAUACUCCAGAGCUGUACUCACUAUUCUGCUGGUGAGGUCACUGUGUACAUACAUUACUUAUCCUGUACUGAUCCUACCAGCAGAAUAGUGAGUACAGCUCUUGAGUAUAAUACAGGAUGUAACACAGGAUCAGUAUAAGUAUUGUAUUUACAAAGUGACUCAUCUGUUUAUGUAGAUUACCUUCUGAAUGACACCCACAAUUAUGAUAAUUCCCCCCCCCCCCCCCCCCCCUUGGACCUGGUUCAGGAUCUCCUGUAUUGUCUUUAACGGUUGCACAAACAUUUACUGUAUCUGAUGAUAACUUAUAAAGAGCCGCCUAAGGCAAAGGAGUCUGAUACCUGUAAAGGUGCUGUGAUCUAUAGUACAUGGUCACAUCAUUGAAUCGAGUGUCUUAAUACACUGAUCUGUCUUUAUUCUUACAUCAAUAAAUUAAUACUAUUUUUACAUAGGCUGCUUGUUUUUCACUUAAUUUCAUUGGUAUUGCUGAAAUCAUGUGUAAUCCUGGACCAUGUGCUGUUUAUCACCUCCCCAUGUCCGGCUAAUAUCCGCCUACUUCAUUUGACAGCCAAUAGAUAGAGGGCAAGGGUUGGAUUUACCUGGGCACUACUCAAAAAUACCCCCUGGGCCCUUGAGCCUCAUUUUCUUAAAGAAAACCUGUGCCCAGCCCUCCAAAAAAUGUAAUUGCAUAAUCAUUACAUAGCUUAGGGUACCCUGAUCACACACAUUUUGCAGUUUCUCGAUAUGCCCUACCAGUUCCAAGAUAUGAGGGUUUAUAAUUUGUCUGACAAUUCAGGGAAUUUUAAAAAUGGGAGUGACUCAGGUGAUGGACUGGAUGGUAGAUGGGGCUUAAAUAGGCACAAUCAGAUAAAAAAAAACUCUUUAUAUAUUGUACAUCUUGGCAAAACAAUAUCCUUCCUAAUAUACUUCAUAAAAAAAAAGUUAUCCUUUUUUAUAGAAAUCAUGGCUUAUAAAAAGACCACUAGGGGUCCCCAUACCAUCUAGAACAUAAUCCUGUCCGGCUGCAACAUCAUCUUAGUCCCGCCUUCACUUCCUGGACUUUGUCCAUGCCUGUGCUUCCACUGGGACAAUCACUCCUCUGUGCUCACUCCUGUCCUAUCAGACUGCAACAUGAAAACAGAGAGGAGGGGGUUACAGAGCAGCCUGCAGUGGUUGGAUAAAAAGACCCAGCACAGCAGACUCGGGGAGGAAGUGAGGUGAGUGAAGGCGGGCUCAGUGCUUGCCUCGGACACGCCCCUUCCUGAGCAGUGGAUGUCAGAAUGAGUGAGCAGCAGAAGGGAGGGAUUUGUGAGCCAAAUUUAGAAGUCAGACACAUAAAGACUUGUAAAGCAUCUGCAUGACCCAGUGAGUAACAUAUAGAAGCAUUUUUUUUCUUUCUGUGAUAUGACAAAUAUACACUUUAAAUUUAACGUUUGCUGCAGUAAACUGCUGAAAAUAUUUCUACAGAAGAGGAUGUGUGACCUUAUUCUGAGGCUCAGAGAAGAGGGGUUGGUUGUUUAAUUAAUAAAAAUAAAUAAAACAAAGUACAAAACCUUGAUUUUAGACAGUUUUGUUUGUGCUAAACACAGGAACGUUUAUUGCAAAAU